GUAGUGUAAGCGGUGGUAGUGGUGCAGGCGGUCUUACACUAAGACACAGUGCGAAUGUGGUACGCACCUACGAGAGUACAGUUCAACGUUUGGGACCAAAAAACGUAUCAGCCGCUAGUAACAGCAGUAAUUCGGUCAGUAGUUGUAGUAGCGGUAGUAGUAGUAUUACACAAGCACCACCGCAAAUACCACCAACAUCGGCAUCAUCGACACAAGCAGCAGCAACAACGACGGCGGGCCAUUAUCAUCAUUCACAUCAUCAUCAUUGCCAUCAAGUACCACCACCGCCCACGCAUACGUCGUCUGCGUCGCCGUAUACAUAUGGCUCGGGUUUGGGACCACAGCAUCCGCAGCAGCAGCAACACCACCAGCAGCAGUAUACACUACAACAGCAUCAGCAUCAGCUGCAGCAACAACAAACCUCACAUACAGGAGCUAUGGUCGGUCCUAUACCCCUGCAUAUCGAGGGUGAAUUACAGAUGAAAUUGGGCUAUGAUCAAACAACGCUACAGUUGAUUGUAACAAUUGUAUGUGCCACCGGUUUGACACUGCGUCAGACUGGCAUUGCCCGUAAUCCUUAUGCAAAAGUGUUCCUUUUACCCGAUCGCGGUACAAAAUCUAAAAGACGCACGAAAACUUUAGCCAAUACCUGUGAACCUCGUUGGGGUCAAACAUUUGUUUAUACCGGUUUAAGACGUUGUGAUUUAACAGGCAGAUAUUUAGAGGUCACCCUGUGGGAUUAUGUACGUUAUGGUGCCAAUGAUUUCAUUGGCGAAGUUGUUAUUGAUUUGGCCCAUCAUUCAUUGGAUGAUGAAGCUGAUUGGUAUAAAUUGCAACCUCAUCAGGAUACCUCAUAUCUCUUACGCAGUCAUGAUUCAUCAUCCCGAGAUGUGGAUAUAGUGAUUUUAACACCCAGUGAUCAUUUAUCACCACCCAGUACUACAUCACGUCACAGUGAUUCUGAUACCAUGUCUGAAAUUGAUUAUAUAUCACAACGUGAUGGCGCCAGCAUCUCAUCCAUGGGAAGUUCAGCCAGUACACCACCUCCAGAGGCUCCUGGCGCACAAAGUGGUUAUUUUCGUCGUAAUGGUGCUACCACCACUGGUCCUGGUGGCAUGAGUCUAAGCCAACGUAGUCAUUCAGCUGCUCCAAGUGAUGCCUAUCAUAGCGGUUACUAUCGCAGUUCCAGUCCAAGACGUGGCUCGUUGUCACCACCUGAAUAUAGGGGCCACGAUAUAGGCAGCAUACCGCCUUACAGUGGUGGCACCUCGAUUAUCACACCGUACGAUAGUGGGGUGGGAUCGUCGUCAUCACAGCAGCAACGUUUUCAAUCGCGCUCAGCGACUGCCACGCCGACUGGUUCGCCCAAAAAGAGACAACUGCCAAAGGUCCCCCAAACAUCACGCAGCGCUAUGAUACGUGAUCGCUUGGGACAGGAAUUCGAUGAUCGUUUAACGUCUGGUAACGGUGGUGGUGGCCGUUUCGGACGACAUCGCACACGUCAGCCACAUCAUCAGCCAUUGUAUCGUAGUACCGGUGGCGGUGGCUGGGAACGUCAUUACACCGGUGCUUCGGACAGUGAUCUGCACUCGAUGGAAACUCGUAUGCGACCACGACAUUCUCUAUCGCCCGACAAAGAUUUCAUGGGUGAAUUUGGUGAUUCCGAUAUGGAGUCCGUAGUUAGUGUAACAUCAAGUUCUUUCUCCACACAAUCCGAACGGCCACGAGGGUCAAGAGGUCUCAGUAGCUUACCACGUAAUUGGCGCUCUUAUUUUGGGCCCAACAGUAUAACAACUGCUGGCCCUAGUAUGCGUCUAGGUGGCGGCGACGACGGCGGCGGCGGCAGAGGUGGUUUCUUUGAACGUUUUCGCUCAAACACCAUCGAAGUGGACGACUGUGACUUUUUGCCCAUGACGGCAUUUCCGCCCUCGCAUAUGCAUAUGCAAAUGCAAACGACGACACCACAGCAGAUACAGCUGCUCGAGCAGCUGGAACAUUUGCAACGUCUUGCCGAAUUGGCUGCCAGUGAAUCACCACCGAAUACGGCAACCGUAGCAGCAGCAGGACUACAAUCACAACCACAACUGCCAACACAACUUAUGGUGACAGACAAUAGCGGCGAUUUAGUCGAGCAAUAUUUUCUCGAUGCCGGCCAACCCAGCAUCAUAAUGAUGGACAACAGUAGCGGCGGCGCCAAUACAGCAACACAGCCACGUCUCACACAAGAUCCUCUAACACAAACACAACAACAACAGCAGCAGCAGCAACAACAACAACUACAACAACAACUCAAUACAUUUAAUCCACCUCAAUACCCACCUCCACCACAUACAAUACCCACCAUACAAUUCCCAGAGUUUCAAACGCAUGCUGCCAAUUUCACACAUUUCCCUUCCGAUCCAGGUUUUGCUUCCGAUAGUCUUUUAGGUGCCAUGGAAGCCGAGGCCGCCGGCAUGGGUGGCGGCGUCGGUGGUGGUGUUGCAAUGCGUGGUCUUAAGCGUCUAACAUCACCAGUGGUGAACUUUUUUCGUCAGCAUCCCCAGCAUUUUGGCUUAACGGUUGACGCCGGCCAGCCUCAUGCUCACACAGUAUCCUCAUCACCCUCCUCGUAUGUCGGCUACAUACGCGAUCACUACGACAAUACGUGCAGUCAUUGUCAGAAUGGCAGCCAGCCGGUGGUAUUGUCGACCAAUGCCGUCUUGGCCUCAUCCGGCGUAACCAUAGGGGCUUGUGCUGACCCCUACUGUUUGGUAGACGCUCAUCCACAUCCGCAACAUCACCCUGUCGCCUAUCCCUACACAGCAGAACAGCUGUUGCGACGACCAUCCCUUUCCAUGUUUCAGCCCUCCUCGUCGGAGCCCUCACUGCCCACCACCGAUACGGCAAUGUGCGGUGAAUGUGUGGAUCAACACUUUGUCAGCGGCUUGACUGCCCCUCAGUUAGACUUAGGCGCCGUACCCACUUACCAUGUCCAUACCCCCACACCAACAGCGCACAAAAAGGCCAAAUCCUCGUUGGCCCCACCCCCUCAGUUGCCUACCCAGUCGGUGUUACGUUUGUCCCGUCAACUAAGCGAAGAUGCUUUGGUCUCGGCUGUGCCAAUAGCCGAGGCUAGGGCCCAACCACCAUCGAUCUUAAAGAAACCCAAAAUCGGUAUUCCCACGGGUCGUACGCCGCUGGACCGACGAAAAAUGUUUCACGAGGGACAAUCACGCUCAUUAGACUAUGAUGACUUGCAUGCCAAAAGCUGGGGCCGCCGACGCAUACGCUACGAAGACGAAGUCUAUCCGGCUCAAUUUGACGAAGAACUGUCUCGCCGUUACGGUUCCGAAACGAACAUACGACAGUCGUACAUGGGGGCCAAUGUUGAUGUCACUAAUCCCUUAAGCCAUUCGCAUUUCCUGGUGACAGACGAUAAGAUUGUGACCAUAACAUAUGACUCGGACGUGGGUUGGACCAGACGUGGUGUAGCUCCCUCGCAAUUCCGCGAUUCCCGUCGCCGCUAUGACGUGGCUCGUGAACGAAAUCACAUGUCCCUAGACCUGGACCGUUCGACUCAUGACAAGCUUUAUGGUGGUUCGGCGGCAAUGCCAUAUCAGAAACGCCGUCGUAACUUGCCGCAUCCUCCUAGUGCACAAAACGCCCACAAUUUUUCGCCAGUCGAACCGGGCUCUCGUAUGCUCUACGACGAUGAUGCCCAUAUGGGUUCCGGUCCACACGCAUCUGCAUCAAUGUCGCACGGUGGCAUGGUUAAUGGUUACACAGCUAACGAACGUCCGGGACCGGUGGGCGACACUGGUCGUUCGGGACCACGUCCAUCGGCCAUGGCCUCGUCUGCCUCCUCGAAAAGGCAAAGCGGCCGUACACACCAACAACAUCUACACGAAACCGGCAGUGAUCGCAGUAAUCUCGUCAGUAUUAACGAUCAGCCAGAGUACUUUGAGUACGACGAUUACGGCGAUCGUACUGCAGCUCACAACACCUCACAACAUCACAACACGAAUCGCCAAUACAGUAGUAGUAGCGGUAGUGCUAUGCCAGUUAGUGGUAGUGGUAGUAUUAGACAAAGAGGGAAGGGAGAAGUUUUAGAACAACAGGCAGUGAAAACUGGCAGUGGGAGUGGUAGUGGUGCUGGCACUACAACUGCCACUGCUGGUAAUGUUGUUGCUGGUAGUAAUAAUGCUAAUAAUGCUGCUUCUUCUUCCUCUUUUGCAAAUUCCCAUCAUGGUGUCGCUAAUUCCACAUCACCCAAUAAACGUGCCUCAUUGAAACAUUCAACCACCAUCAAUAAUACAAACGACGCAACCACUCAAAACGUUAACGUUAACGCUGACGGAACGAUCACAUCAACCAAUCAACCAACAACAACUACAACAAUCAUACAAACCACUAAUCUCACAACAACUACAACAACUACAACCACAUCAACCUCAUCAACGAAUAAUGCAACAAUGGCGGCAACAACAACAACAAACGCAUCGCCGUCCAAUGCCAACAUGGCUGUUGAUCCAUCCUCAUCUGCGGCUGGUGCCGGCACUGACGAUGCUGCUGCGGCCGAUGGUGAUGCUGCCGUUGAUCUGGAUGCCGCCAUCGAUUGGGAUGCUAUUGAUGCAAUGCUGGAUGAUGAUUUUAGUGAAUACGUUGAUACGAAAGCUGAAGGCGGUGAUAAAAAGGAUGAUCCCAAUCUAAUACAGAGUGCUGAUGAAAAAGUCGAUGGCAGUUUAUCAGACACCGCCCAGGAUCGUAAAAAAGGUGCUUUGGACCAAGAACGUUCACCCAAAAGCGGUAGUGGCAUGGGUAAAAAAUCCAACUCCACCUCCCAGCUAUCAGCAACAGGUCGUAAAAGACGUAUGGGCUUUGGAAAAAAGGGUAAAAGCUCAUUUACGGUGAAUCGCAGUGAGGAAGUAUUGCCAGGUGAGAUACGAGCGGUUCUGUCGCGUGGCUCGUCAUCUGAAGCCGAUGGUGGCGAAGGCUUAGUUGAUCCUGGAGCCGGUAGUGGUGGGGACAGAUAUUCACCCACCAUCAGAGCCGAUGAACAAAUUAAUCAAUUUGUAGAAGGCUUGGGUCCGGGACAAUUGGUGGGCCGUCAGGUGUUAGGAGCACCUUCUUUGGGUGAUAUACAACUGUCGCUGUGCUGUCAGAAGAACUGUCUAGAGGUGGAAGUUAUAAGAGCAAGAGGUUUACAGCAAAAACCCACAUCCAAAAUGUUACCGGCUCCUUAUGUUAAAGUUUAUUUGGUUUCGGGCAAAAAAUGCAUAGACAAAAUGAAAACUUCAACCGCUCGUCGUACUCUGGAACCAUUGUAUCAGCAGCAAUUGGUUUUUCAGCACUGCAACACUAAAGGCUGUGUUUUACAAGUUACCGUUUGGGGUGAUUAUGGCCGCAUUGAAAAGAAAGUAUUUAUGGGCGUGGCUCAGAUAAUGCUGGAUCAAAUUGAUUUAUCGAAUGGCAUAGUAAUUGGCUGGUAUAAACUAUUCGGCACCACAUCACUGGGUCGUCCGAUUGUUUGGGCUGGCGAUACAAUAAUGGAAGAAGAUUGUGAAUAAUAUCAAAUAGUUGCAAAGCCUAUUCUAUUGAUUAUUGUUAACCACACAACUCUUAUUGUAAGUAGUAUUAAUCAAACAGCUAAAAUAAUCAAGGUUGUGAUGUAAAAAAAC